GUCAACCUUUUCCCUUCACCUUUCCCCACAACUUAUUCAGGGACCAAACUGUCGUCACCGCAGACGCAGUUGCACUUUUCACCGUCCUCGGGUGAAUCCAUCCCUAGUGUUAAAGGCAGCUCACAAAAUCUGUUGUUGGGUUGCUUUCAGGCACACCCCGAGAUCGCCACGCGGAAACUUUUGACGCGUCUCUGUCCUUCUGUUGUAACACCGAUCGUAUAUCGAUGACAUGAUAACCGCUUCUUCGCUUGCACCUACCAACAUGGAGAUCUCUGUGGCCGACGAUAAGAUGGAGAUGGCUUCCCCCUAUCAAGGGCAUGUGGAUGACUUCGAUAUUGAUAUCGAUAUCAUGGAAGACCAGGCCUCCGUUACCGACAAAGAUAUGAUGGUAGCGGACGAAUAUUUCGAAUACGAUCACGAAGGUGCUCCCGAUGAGGAUAUGGUCGAUGAUGUUGCCGAGCCGACUAUGGUUGAUGCCGAUGAACCUUAUACCGGAGCCGACUACACCGUGGAAAUGCAGGACGAGAAUGAACGUAUUUAUGAAGCAGAAAUGCUAGAAGACGACUACGAAGAAGUCAACGAUACCCCUGUUGCUGAAGCUCAAGACGAAAUGCCGACAUCAUCCGAAGCUCAGAACCAAGCGGUGGAAGGAGCGCAAGUGCCAGAAGAGAGUGCUGCGAUGCCCGUUGAUAAGAACAAAGCUGAGCAAAAACUCCAAGAGGAGCCCCGGACGGAACAACAAAGUCAUGCAGAUGCACAUAAUGACCACCCCCAAGAUGUUGAACAACCUAUCGACCAACCAGAAGAGCAUGUCCCACAGCAGCCCGAAAUAGACACAGCCGAGUCGACCGAAAUCAAAAAGCCCCUCGAUGGUACCAAAACGGUGGAGCAACAGUCUCAUCUUGUCGCGGAACAAGACGAUCGGGAAGAGACCGCUAAUAACGCCGACCAGCCUCGGGUCCUUGAGAGCGGUCCCAGCGACGUUGAACCUCCAGCUGAUGCGUACAAGGAUCCAGCUGAAAAGCUAGAGGGUACAGUAGAAGAAGAGCAUGGGGGACCAGGUCAAGAAGGAGAAGGAGAGGAGGGGAAAGUAGAGGCAGAGGCACAGGGGGGUGAAGCAGGACAUAAUGAAGAGGAAACUAAGGUCACAGAAACUCAGGAUCGUUCUGCAGAGGCGCAAGAUGUCGAGAACCUAGUCGAGCGAGAAGCUCCGGUGACGGAACGCACGCCUCUGUAUCCGGUAAAAGUCUAUUACCAAGACAACGAGAUCUCACUGUUCCCUCCUCGGGAAGGCGACUCAUCGGAGACGUUCUUUCUCGAGGAUGAGAGCUUGGCUUUUGGGUCUUUCGGCAAACUCCUCGGUUCGUGCCGUGAGGUAUUACAUGAACAUAUCGGAGAUAAUGAGGUUCUUGUUGUAGAUGUCGAGGCCCUAAAUAUUCAACUAACCGAGGUUUGUCACUUGUGGAUUCCUACUAUUCGGCAUAUACUAAUCAUUACUAUAGGACUCAUUUCACAUUGACAAGGUCACACUACAUCAGAUUGUAGAUUUGUACCUCCGUCUUUGCCACAAUGACGGGGUGGAAGAGCCGGAAGCGCUCUAUCUUAGC